GUGUAGCUAAACGUAUUUCAUGCAAUCUAGGUAACCAGUACCCAUCCAACAUAUAAAAUAACUUCUAAAAUGAGCAUGUUAUCUGAAGUGUAUAACUUGCUGGUGUUGAACUUUUUUGAAAGUGCAGCUUUGUUGGUGGUCACUUUAUGGAGUGUGUCACUGUACUGUUUAAAAAGUCAAAAACUUCAAGAUGUGUUUUGUGACCCAAAUUCAACCCCCAAUGGCUCCUGUUUUUACAAGUUGUAAUGUCGAGAUGUGUAAGAAGAAUUCUUUAUCACCUUUUAGUUUCAAGUUGGCAUUUUAAAAUUGCAAAUCGUGAUAACGUGACACUAAAUAAUUACAUGAUUAUGUAUGGAGUGGACCCAGUGAGUAGAAAGAAAAUAAGUUCACUUUUAGUUUUAAUAUUGAGUCAAACUGUUUCAAAACAUACUGUGGUGAUGUUACAAUUUACAAUGUUAAAGAUACAACGUUCGUCAACAAAAUCAAAUCAGCUAAGUUGUUCACUUGACAAUAACGGAAACGUCAAAGAUGAAGUGAAAAAGCAACCAAAGGUGAAACAUAGAGGAAAGAGAGGAUCUAAGAAACCCAAAACAUACCCGAAAGGUGUUGUAUAUAUCUGCCACGUUCCACAUGGAUUCUACGAAGAACAAAUCAAAGCCUACUUCAGCCAGUUUGGGAAAGUGACUGGUGUAAAUGUCCCUAGAAGCAAAACUGGGAGAGCCAAGGGAUAUGCAUUUAUUGAGUACUAUCAUCCAGAGAUUGCUCGCAUUGCAGCUGACACAAUGAAUAACUAUUUGAUGAUGAAUCGGUUACUGAAAGCCAAGUGUAUCCCACACAAUGAGCAGAGACCUCGACUGUUCCAAAGGGCUAAAGAAGCUCAUGAUAACCAACAAACACUCGCAAAAAGAACAGAACUCGCCGUCAAGCAUAACCGAAAAGUGAAGAAUCGUCAUUUGAAAAUGUCUGUGGAAGUAAGUGUAACUAAGAAAUUGUUGCAGAAGAAGAAAUCGAUGACUAAACGAAUGGUAAAUUUAGGAUUGUGUCCAUAUUUCGAGGUCGAAGAAGCAAACCACCAAUCGGUACUUAGAAAGCAAAAGAAAACUAAGACAAUAAAGAAAGAAUAGGCCUAAGUUAUUGAAGUUCGUUUCAUAAUAGCUGCAGGAAGCUCUUUCGCUAUGACGCGACGUUUUAUAAAACAUAGGCCAUCCUAAGCUUAGUUUUUUUAGGUUCAACUUCGGCUGCAGUUUCAUAAAUCGAGAAUAAAAUGUAGGUAUCAAUAAACUAGCUAAGUGAUAUUAGCCUAUCUAGACAAUGUUUUUUACAAUCUUUUAAAGGCUUUGUUAGUCGUUUUAAAAGCUGAACCUUUUGUAGUAAAUUUAG